AUGUCACUCCCUCAACUCCAAGGUUUCUUAUCGAUUUCCGAAUGGGCGAAGCUCAACUCGGCCGUUUCCGAGGCGCAGCGGCAGAGCCAGCAGAUCCGAGCGCAAGAUGUCAGUAUUUCGAAUGGCGAUUCCACGGUGGAGAAGACGGUGGAAAGGAUCGCUCGUCAGGUGCGGAACGAGACCCUCAAUCUCAUGUGCCCUCACUGUCGGACCCCAUAUGCCGAGUUUGAUGGUUGCAUGGCGAUCUUGUGUGAAUCCUGCCGAAAAUGGUUUUGUGGAUACUGCCACGAUCCCUUUCCAGAUUCAAGCACAUCCCACCAGCAUGUUCUUGUAUGCGGUAUGAAUGAGAAUGGAACGCACCACGCCAAUGCACAAGAGCUCCAAAGGGGCCAGAAGAAGUACCGAACCAAAAAGUUGAAGGAGGUGCUCGGCAAGCAGGGACAUGAUAUCCAACAUGCCACUAUCCUUGAGCUUCAGAGGGAAUUGGCGGAUCUUGGCAUUAGUCAGGAGGCAAUCUUGCAGGGUUGA